UUGCUAUUUCUAGGUGAAGUAUUCGUUCUCGAUGAUGGAGGAGAAGUCGAUCUUGACUUGGGUAAUUAUGAACGGUUUUUGAAUAUCAGAUUAACUAGAGACAACAACAUCACUACGGGAAAAAUGUUCCAACACGUUACCGAACGAGAACGACGUGGCGAUUACUGCGGAAAGACUGUGCAGAUGAUUCCACAUUUCACUGAUGCUAUAAUUCAAUGGGUAGAGCGGGUGGCUAGAAUUCCAGUGGAUGGCACGAUGGAGCGGCCGGAUGUUUGCAUUAUUGAGGUUCGUGCUUGUUUGUAA